AGAGUGAGUGAUCAGUAAGUGAAAAGAGUCAAAUUGAGAGAGAGAUGGAAGAAAUGAGAGAGAUCGUGAGAUCCUACUACGAGAGGGAAAGCGAGGCCGAUAAGAAAUCAAUCAAACAAUCCUUCACAGAAAUAGACGUCAACGGCGACGGGAAUAUAAGCCUGGCGGAGUUCAAGAAGACGAUGAAUGACGGUGUGGUGGCCUUGCUCUUGUUUGAUAAGCUCGACUUGAACGGCGACGGGAGCCUCGAUUUCGACGAGUUUCUAAGCCUUUACUACAUGCUAAAUAACAAGGUGCCGAUAACCUCAUGCAACGGCUGCGCUAAGAUUCUGGCGGGCCCUUACUUCUCUUGCUUGCGUUGCUUUGGAAGAGACGCCACUUCGUACGACAUAUGUUGUUCGUGCUACCGCAGUGGCGCCGAGUUGUCGCAUGAGCACUCGCUUGAGGACAUGGUGGAUCACCACUAUCUCAUCAAGCUCUUCAGGGAUGAAAAAUCUAAAAACAAGAAAGAAAUAGAGGAAAUUCGCGAAAUCGCAAGAGCCCUUCACCAAGCCAGCUCUCCUGAAGUCCAAGAAUUAGCAACCAAGUUUUUCCAAUCCAUGGACUCGGACGGAGACGGCCGAGUCGAUCUGUCAGAGUUCCUAGCCUUCAUGACGGAAGUAGGCCUUUCCUACAAGAAAACAUCUAGUUUAUUCGACGAGCUCGACGUAGACGGCAACGGCACCCUCGACUUCAUCGAGGUCAUGACGCUCCUCUACAUCAUCAAGAGCGGCCGCCCUCAAUGCGACUGCUGCGAAAAAAUCAUCCCCGGUGUAUUCUUCUCCUGCGUCGAGUGUUUUAAGAAUCCCAAAACCUCGUUCGAUCUGUGCAAGGAUUGCUACAGCACGGGGAAGUACAACCAUAAUCACGGCGGCCGGGCUCAGUUUUUGGACAGUCAUACGUUGUUGCAGGCUAUGAGAUGUCCGGAGAUUGCAGAUAUGUCAGGCGUAAAAAUUCAUGAGGCAGGGAAUAGAUCCACAGUUGACACAUCAAACCCAAAGUGGAGCAAAAGGAAGGCUGCAUAUACUACAUUUGACAUAGCAUGCAAAGUCGGGACCUUUUCCAACGCCGUAGGCCUCUGCACUAUUAUGUGAUAAUAUGAGAAGGCCAAAUAAAUUCAAAUAGAAGAGGGCUAAAAAAGUGCAUUUCUUUAUAUUAAUGAUAUUGUACACGAAUGUUGAUUGGACUACUUUUUUUUUUCUUGUUCAUGUAAUCUUAUUAAUGAUAUUGUUCACGAAUGUUGAUUGGACUACUUUUUUUUCAUGUUCAUGUAAUCAUUAUCUUUAAUUGUUGAUGUGUAUGUUUAGUGUGAAUGACAUCAUUUUAAUCAAAGUAA